AUGGACGCCGACCCAGUCGCAACCCUCCGGGACUUCAAUGUCUCCCUCGACACAAUCGAGGCGGCCUUGGUUCCCCUCCUUGCGCGACCCCUAACUGAAACCCGUGAAGCUCUAGGCUCGAUCGAGCGGGCCAAGUUGGACGUGCUACUUGCGUAUACCGUUAACAACCUCGUGUGGAUGUACCUCCGCAUGCGCGGGAUCGAGCCUGACAACCAUGGGGUUGCCAAGGAGCUUCGCGUUAAGGGGUAUUAUGACAAAGUCCGCGAUGCUGAGGAUGGUACCAAGCCGAAGACCCGCAACCGCAUCGACAAGGACGCUGCCAAGCGCUUCAUCACCCACUCGAUUGGGGCACCGGCCAGCUCGAACGCGGCCAUGGCGCGGCGACAGGCCGAGGCAGCUAUCCGUGAGCGCCAGGAGGGCGAAAGUCGGGCGACCCGCGCCAACCGGUUCCGUCACGUCGCGGCCGAGGGGGAGCGCCUGAGUGAUGGCGAGGAGGAGGAAGACGAGGAGGAGGAGGAGGAGGAGGAAGAGGAGAAGGAGGAGGAAGACGAGGAGAAAGACGAGGAGGAGGGGAUGGAAGUGGAUGAGGAGCACGAAGAGCCAAUAGGUGAUUCAGAGGACGAGGCGGCCGCACUCCUCGCUGAGGUCGACGACGAAGUCGACAGCAUGGUGCCUGAGCCUGCUGAAGCGCGCGUCGACGCCCCGUCUAGGCGGUCGAAGCGGAAGCGCGCCGAGGACCUGAUGUGCGCAUAG